CAGCUUUCCAUAACUGCAGUUGAACUCUUGGUGUCUGAGUGUUAUCGUUGAAAGCAUGGACAUAGGCUUUGAAGAGAUAUGCAAGGCGGUCCUUGUGUUUGCAGUACCUGGUGGAGUUGUGAUUCUGACUCCUGCCAUUCUGGCUACACUGGGGUUCACUUCAGCUGGAAUAGUAGCAGGCUCCAUCGCUGCCAGACUGAUGUCACUUGUUGCAAUCACUGGUGGAGGUGGAAUUGCAGCAGCUGUCAUAGCAACCUUGCAGUCCUGGGGUGCGUCAGGUCUGUCAUGGGCUGUCACUUUAGUGUUUGGCAGUGCUGGAGCAGCAGUGGCUUGGGUGCUCUCAACUGUGUGUAACGUGACUGUGAUAUAUGAAGAUUCACACAGUGAAUAAACACAAACUGACCUAUAAAUCUUUCCUGCUGUGACAAAUCUCAAUCGCCUGAAUGAAACUUUAUUCUUAUGUGUGAAUGUCGAACACUCAGAUUAAAGGAUGAUUUGAGAAUUAAA